AUGGGAAAGAAGGGUAAAGGUAAACAUAAGCAUGGUCAUGGAGGACAUUAUCCUCCGGGAGGAUAUCCACCCGGUGCAUAUGCUCCACCCCCUGGAGGAUAUCCACCUCCUGGAACAUAUCCUCAUCCCGGAGGGUAUCCUCCUAAUACCGGACAUCCUUCAUAUGGAGGAUAUCCCCCUCAAGGGUAUCCGCCUCAAAGUUAUCCACCUCAAGGUUAUCCACCUCAAGGUUAUCCACUAGGUGGCUAUCCUCAGGGUGCACACCCUCCACAUGGUUAUCCGGGGGCUUCUCAUUCAGGGCAUGUUGCAUAUGGACAUCAUGGUCAUGGUGGAAAAGUUAAGCAUGGGAAGCACGGAAGGGGGAAGAAGGGAAAGAAGAAUGCCCUAUUUGGCAAAAAGUUUUGGUAG